CCGACAAUGGCCGCACACGGAAGCGAAGGGACCGACGUUGUAGUUAGAAUCGGGGACAUAAAAAUCACCCCGCCCUUGACAGAGGGUGCGUCGAACGUCUUCUCACCCACGCCAUUCAUACUGACCCGAACAAGAUGGGUGCCUGAUUCCGAAGCCACUUUCUGCGGUAUUUGUCAUGAAAAAUUCACACAAGUUCGAAGACGGCAUCACUGUCGUGUCUGUGGCAAGGUGUUGUGUGCAAAGUGCUGUUUUGAAAAGAUCAUAUUGCCCCAGUAUGGUGAAGAGGAGCCAACCAGAGUUUGCAAUGCUUGUUUCCCGAUAAGCAAUAUGAUUGCUAAGGCCAGAUCAAUACAGAUGACUCCAAGGUUGGAAUCUGCCAAGAGUUUGGCUGAAGCAACUGGUCAGCAAGAUCAACUUAAGCAGGUUGUUGAGUCAGGCGGUGUCCAAGCCAUCAUACAUUUGGCACAGACUAACAUCACAGACGUUAAGGAAGCUGUCGCUGAAGGACUAAACAACUUAGCCUUACAUCCCCCUCUACACCCGAUGAUUGUUCAGUGUGGGGGAAUUAAAGCUAUUUGCAGUAUUUUAUCCUCAAAUUCAGACAGUCAGUCGCUGGCGGUAAUAAAAGCACUUAGCACGCUUAAACUUCUCUCAAAAUCCGAGAAAUUGAGGAUACUCGUGGUCGCUGAAGGUGCUUUAACACCGUUGAUGGCCCUGUGUAUGUCGUCUGAUAGUACAAUCACAAUUCUCUCUCUUACAACCUUGGGAAUCGUACUUGAAAGUCCAGUAAAUGUCGCUUCAUUCACAGAGAACUUCAAAAACGGUCUGCAAACGCUUCUAAGAUUGACGAAACAAAAUGAUGAGAAGAUACAAGAAGUGGCAUUUCGUGUCCUGGCUUUGCUUGCUUGUGGUACAAGCGAUCAACGCAGACGACUUGUUGAGGAAGACAACUAUGGUGGAAAAUGCAUUCAGAAUACGUUGAAAAGAAGACCUAAGAACCUUGAGGUGUACACGAAUGGAGCGUGCUUGAUUGCAAACUUGGCGGUUUGUGCCGAUAUUCAGUCAUCUUUGAUGGAUUGCGUCGAUUUGGUUUGCAAUUUAAUAAGUUCCCACUCUGAGAAUCCCAACAUCCAGGUACACGUUUCAAGAGCUAUUGCAAACUUUUCCAAACACAAGGAAAAUGGUCGCUUUUUAGUCUCACAUUUAGCGCAGAUCAUACGAGUUCAUUUAAAUUGCGAUAACCGUGAGAUCAGGGCCAACAGUAUCCGAGCAAUCUUUUAUCUGUUAGAGUAUCAGCCAGAUGCCACAAUUAAAGCGAUAUCGAAAGAAGGUAUAUCUGGACUUCUAAAUGGCCUACUGCAGUUUAACGGGACCGUCGCGGCAGUACGUGCCAAUAUAAUUCAACAUGUUCCGGAGUUGAGCAAGCCGAUGUAAUGCAAGAAAAUACUGUUUGAUGCACCUGGACAUUUGGCUAUUAUGAACCUCGGAGGAGCGGUUGUAUAAACCAAAAAUGAACUCUACGACUAGAGGAGUUAACCAUGACUUAACUACGCAAAGCAGUUAAGAGUUUUAUACAACCGGUCCCUCGUUCUCAAAACUACAACAAUCAAAAUUAAGAGGGGCGAAUGCAAGAGAAAUUUAUUUUCUUAAAAUGACAUUUUUUGCUCCUGAUGAAUGAAAUUGGAUUUGAUUACAAAACAGUUCAGUGGAGGGAAAUUUCAAAGGUUUUCACAGAAAGAGCGCCCUUUCGUAGUAAAUGGUAACCUAUUUAAUAGCCGCCUUCGUCGAAAAUGAAAUUGUCAAAUAUCGCAUUUGCAUGGGUAAGCAAUCACUAGAUUCAAUAAAUAUUUUUGUGAUGAAAUAAUUCUAAUAAACAUAUCAAGGUAUUCGACUGUUCGCCAAUGCCUGGAUUCGUUCAUGAAUACAGAUAAAACCGUGUAAUUAUAAAAUAUA